CUUCCUUUUUCCUCCUCUCGUCUUCCAUUUCACCGCAGGUAAAGUCUGGUGUCAUUGUUUCUUAAUUUUUCUUCUUGUUCUCUGAUCUUCCUCUCCAGUGUCCGCCAUCGGGUUCAGAGUGCAAAGAUUUUUCUUUCUUCUUCCCAUGUAAUGGAGAUUCACCGGCGACCACCGAGUUUGGGGGGCAGCGGACCCUCUGGGUUCCCGCGUAACUCGGCCCUUGGUUUGGGGGACUUGGAGGGUGACAUUCAGUUGCUACGUUCCAAUGCAACUUUGUACAAUUACAAACCUUAUAUUGUAUGCCAUAAGCAGGCCCUUGUCAUACAAAAGAUAGCUGUGGAAGAGUUUGGAAGAUUUAAAGAUCAUGAGGGCAAAGACGAAGUGAACGAGAAGGAUAAGGAGGUCAAACUGCAAGCUGUGCAUAAAAGGUUAUUAAAGUUAAAGGACAAGAAUCUAGCAAACGACGGAUCGACUGAGCUAUCACUGGUUCCUGCAGUUGCUGCAACUGAAGACGACCAUGGAACAAGUUCUGGUCAUUCCAAUUUGAGAAAGGUGCCGACAAUAUCUAAACAACAACGACUGAGCUCCUCCCAACCAUUGGCUUAUAACUGGAAUGGAGAGUUCCCAGCUUCAGUUGUAAGGACAGAUGUUAAGCAGGACUGGAAAAAAAUAAGCUUCGUACCGGCCCUUGCCAUACAAAAGCUAGAGGCAGAAGAGUUUGGAAGAUUUAAAGAUCACGAGGGCAAAGACGAAGUGAAGGAGAAGGAUAAGGAUGUCGAACUGCAGUUGCUGCAAGCUGUGCAGAAAAGGUCCUUAAAGUUAAAGGACAAGAAUCUAGCAAACGACGGAUCGGCUGAGCGAUCACUAGUUCCUAAAACUGAAAACAACCAAGGAACAAGCUCUGGUCAUUCCAAUUUGAGAAAGGUGCCGACAUUAUCUAAACAACAACAACGAAUGAGCUCCUCCCAACCAUCGGCUUAUAACCGGAAUGAAGAGUUCCCAGCUUCAGUUGUAAGGACAGAUGUUAAGCAGGGCUGGAAAAAAUUAAGCUUUGUACCGAGUUUAUCAAGAGGUUUGCCCAGACAAAAAUGAUGAAAUGAACAGAUUGAAGAUAGAAGAGAAGUAAAAAAAGCUAUGACAAUUGUGUCUAUUGAUUUUUGUGAUCAGUGAAUUUAUUAAUGGAAUUUUAAGUUGGGAUUAGUUGUAUGAUGUGAUAUAAAUGAGUAUU